AUGACUAGCUCCCUAGUGCGAUCCGGGUCCCCAUGGGGUGGUUGGAUGGGACGACAGAGUGGAUCAUCCAUAGGCCUGUCUGUCGACAGCAGCAUCCGAGCGUGGCGGAGUGAGAUUACCCCAAAGCGGACAAGAUGCGAUUAUUCGCAUACUUACGCCCUCCCUUGGCCUGCCACCACAGGUGGUACACCAGUUCGAACCGCCAACAAAGAAGUCGAUAUCGGAAUCGAGUUUCAGCCUCGCGACCUUCAAAGCAGCAAGCGACCGAUACGAAUGCGGCCCUUCCACGCCAGUCCGGCCCUUCCACACCAGAGCGGCCCUUCCAUGGACAUUAUUCCGUCGUUGAUGGCCUUUAGGCAGAGGCCCCUCAUUGCACAUCGGGCCAAGCCCAUGGAUGAGGAAAUUUGUGCGUUCCAGAACGCCCAGAAGUGCUCCAAUGGAACUGGUUGGCAGCUCAGACGCGACCAGACAGAUGUCGUGAACGGCGCCACCCAAGCCCUUGGCACAACGCCCUCCAGCAUCAAGAGACGGCUAAGGAUGCAGACCGCUGUGAGACGCGUGCCUCAAGUCGGCAGGCCGAAGCUUGACCAAAAACGCCCCCUUAAAGCAGAUGGGCUGUCGCGCAAACUCUGGGAAAAGCAAAAGCCCAUUUACACGACGUCUGGCAGUGUGGUGUUGGGGGUUUCAAUGUACCCACGUCGGAGCAAUCUGCCCUCGAAGGCUUGCCCCACGUUUCCAAAAGACCUUGGCGCUGGCCAAAGAGAGGGUGGGGGUGCUAAGAGCGCUCCACUCCUCUGCCCAGACCCCACGUCUUCUCACUCGCCAGCAGACAUGUAUGCGCCUCCGCUGACGGUGCCCAGCUGGAAACCUUCUCGGGUAAAGGGAAUGCUGGCUGUGUGCGAUUCGUUCAAGCUUGCGUCGGCCGUUGCUUGCGCGGAUCCCACCCUCCAUUGUUCCGUUGCGCCAGCGGCCCCAGCACGCCUUGCAUUGGCGCGUCUCUGUCACGACGGAGAUUGGAUCUUGGUCCUGUCUCCGGCUGACAACCUGGCCUGCGGAUUCGUGCACAACAACACGAACCUGAUGGCCCGCACGUGGCCCAGCGUUCACAGAGCCGCGGCACGCCUUGGCCUUGGUUGCGUUGCCCCGGACCUGAUUCCAACGAAUGGCCCUCUCAAACGCAUUCGACGCGAGGCUCCCAGGAAAUGCUACAGCCGAUCCACCGGUUGCCGGUCGCGUGGGCCCCUCACACUACCCCAUGUACUAGGCACCUCUAGUGGACUCUAUGAUGAUGCCUGA